CAGAAUAUGACAUACCCCUUAGUCAUCGUUGGGUCUCCCAAGUGGUUUCACAACUUAGAGGAUCUGACAGAGGGUACAGAACUUCUACGCUCUCCAAUCUAACUUUUAGAGAUCACGGACCUUUCUGCAGACAACAGCAUAGUGAUUAUUUCAGAUGACGAGAUGUCUUGAUGUCUUGAAACAUCAAUGCAAGGCUUAAGAACAACAGAACGAUCUGACUCCGACCAAAGGCCUACCGCUUUAGUACAUCCGUGGCCUAAACCAAUUCCUCGAAUUGCGGAACAAGAGGACAUAGGCCGUGUUUUCGAAGGAGAAAACAACUCGGAUCAAGUGCUUAAUCAUCUAGAUCAACCAACUUACACUGAUGAAGUGAGUGAUACUGAUGAAGAACAAGAAGAAGACAUAGGCCACGUUUUCGACGGAGGAGAAAAUUCGAUCAAGCUGCUGCAUAUCCUGAGGAGUGUUUCAUCACAUUGAAUGGAUUCUUUCGACUAAGAGACGAAAUAUUUGGAAGCUUUGAAUGUCUGUUUAAUACACUUGACAACACUUCAGGUAUUGAAUAUCUACAAUCUUUAUAUGAUACUCUUGAAUGUCUGAAUAGCUGUGUUACUGUGAAUAUAGAGUUGUUAAAAAGAUUUCACAACAGACAUGGUGCAGAAGCGGGUGAAUCUCACACAGUCUUCAGGGGCUAAGAAUAUACGGGGUGAAACUAAUCUACCAUCUUAUGAUUUCGGUUUUGAUGAAACUUUUCCUAGUAGUUUGUUACAGCACAACUCAUGCACAACUCUGAACCCUUAUUUAACAGAUGCUAUCAACCAGUUAAACGAGAGUUUAGGACCAUCACAGCAGCUUGUUAGUCAGACCCCUAUUAUAGAUUAUAGUGACAUCAUUACACCUGAGACACAACAUGACAUAAUCAGUGAACUUAACCAGAGUCUGUUAGCAUUACAGAAUAGUCUAAAUGAACAAGGUUACUCUACCCCCAGUUGAAUCCCUCAUUAAUAGAUGCAGUUAACCAGUUGAAUGUUAGUCUAAGAAAUCCUGAUCCGGUUAAUACCCAAUUUGAGCAUUCCAAUCAUAAUUCAGAUCAUAAUGUAUCAAAUACACCACAUACUCAACACGACAUAUUCAGUGAACUUAACCAGAGUCUGCUAGCAUUACAGAAUAGUCUAAAUGAACAAGGUUACUCUACCCCCUUGAAUCCAGCGUUAUUAGAUGCGGUUAAUCAAUUAAAUGAUAGUUUGGCUUUAGCCACAGAUCAAAACAUCAACGAGGUCUCGACUUCAGAAAUCGAGUAUAAUCAUACACUGUUAUCUCCACAUGAUUUGUUUCAUGAUCUUAACCAAAGCCUCGUUAUGUAAAAUGCGGGUUUUGUAAACUUUUUCGAUACCGUUGCUUCACAAAACACUCAAACUGUAAAUGAACACAGGACUGAAACAGUAAAUGUUCAGUCUCCUAAUGUAGAAGACGUACAAACAGCUAAUACUGAGAACAUAAACCCCCAAAGCUGUGAUGACAUGCAAAUAUUUGAUGAUGUUAACAUACAACCCCCUAGUGUUGAAAGCAUGCAAUUAGAUAAUGAUGAGAUCAUACCCUCACCCAGUAAUGAAAACGUGCAAGUUGGUAACGGAAUUGAUCCUAAUAUUAGAAUAAUUAAUCGCGACCGAUUCAAUAAUAAUGAAAUUAGGAGAAGAGUAAAUUUUUCAUCGAUCGCAGCUGUAGGCAGCUUUACGGAUUUUUAUAAUUAUGUUUUAAAAAUCUUAAACAGUUUGAUAGAAGUGGUUAAUGAAAUGAUUUCACCAAAGGACAUAGUAACGGUUGAAAUUAGAGGCGAUACGAUCAACGUAUCUUCACGCAUUCAGCUAGUUAACGGGUCCGUUGAUUUACAGUCUUUUCUGACCAUGCUUGAAAAUUCUAUUCGAAGUAAACGUGAAAUUUUUACAGAUAACACACUCGAAAUAGUAAUCCAAAUAGUUCGACCACCUCGCAGUGGUUCAAAUAAAAGGAAGGUUAGUACAUUAUUCACUUCGGAAGCUAUACAGAAGAAGAUGAGACAUCUGUAUAUAUUUCAUAAUGAAGACAACAUGUGUUUUACACUAUGUUACACAACUUUUGAACCCUCAAAAUAAUGACUUUCAAACUGAAAAAAUCACUAGACAAAUCCACCGUAAUGUAGGAUUAACUGAAAACACAGCUGUCACAUUUGCUGAUGUAUCUAAAUUUGAGAAGCAUUUGAAGUGUAAAAUCAUAAUCAUACACCGUUCUGACAACAAAGCCAGCUACUCUUUCUUUCAAACCAGCAAAACCCCCCAUGAAAAAACAAUUUACUUGUUCUUGCAUGACAAUCAUUAUUACGGAGUUAAAAGCAUUACAGGACUUUUGGGGUGUAGUUAUGUCUGUCGUUUCUGUCAUUCGGGGUAUGAGAAAGCCAGAGGUCACAAGUGUGAGUUUAGCUGUAACAUUUGUCGUGAUGUAGAUUGCUACAAACAUAGACAGAGUAUAAUUAAAUGUCCUGAUUGUUCGAGGUUGUGUAAGUCAAAACGUUGUUUUGACAUACAUAAAGUAAAACAUCGGUCUGAAAGAGGUGAAUACUCUCUGUGUGAAACGGGGUUCUAUUGUAAUAUCUGUAAUGUCAUAGAAUAUCGGAACCCCUUUAACCGGAAAGAUCAUGUGUGCUUAGAGAGACAUUGUGAACUCUGUGGUGAAAAAGUGGAUUCAGAAACAGUGCAUAACUGUUUUAUACAGCGGUUAAGGAAAGAAAAGCCAAAUAUGAAAUACAUCUUUUAUGAUUUCGAGACUAGACAGGAAACAGGAACUCAUACUACUAAUUUAUUAUGUUGUAUGAAUUGUUGUGGUAUGUCGUGGGUGUUUGAAGGGGAGGAGUGUGUUGCAGCAUUUUUUAGGACUUUCCCUCAUAAAAAGUACAGAGGGUACACAUUUACAGCGCAAAACGCUAGAGGGUUCGAUUCAUACCUUUUGCUAAAUCAUUUAGUGAAAGAAGGAAUCGCACCUGAAAUCAUUACACAAGGUGGAAAAAUUCUGUGUUUUUCUGAUACAGAUUUUCGACAGAAAUACAUUGAUAGUCUGUCUUUCUUACCCAUGAAGCUAAGUAAUCUUCCUAAAGCCAUGGGUUUCUCAGAAAAUAAGAAAGGUUAUUUUCCUCAUUUCUGGAACACAUUAGAACACCGAGACUACAUAGGCCCAUAUCCUGAGACCGAGUUUUAUGGUGUGGAUAGCAUGAUGCCUAAGGACUUUUUUAUGUGGUACGUGACCGUGACUGACAAAGUCUUUAAUUUAAAGAAAGAGAUGCAUGAAUACUGCAUGAAUGAUGUAGACAUUCUGAGACAGGGGUGUUUAGCUUUCAGAAAUGAAAUUCUAAAAAGUACAGAAGUUGAUCCCUUUAAAUGUAUAACAAUCGCAUCUGUAUGCAUGAAAAUCUUCCGGACAUUAUUUCUCGAUGAAGACACACUAGCUAUCCCACCACUAGAUAAUUACAUCAAUAGACAGAAAUCUUUCUCAACGCCAUCCAUUCAGUGGCUUGAAUACAUUUCCACCACACAAAACCUUCCCAUUCAACACGCUCUGAACGAAGGUGAAGCAAUGUUCGGCCUUUAUUCUGUUGAUGGGUAUUGUGAAGUGGGUCAGACGCGAAAGGCAUUCGAGUUUCUCGGCUGUUUUUAUCAUGGGUGUGAAAAGUGUUAUCCCUCAAUGGCCCCCUUCCCCUUUAACAUCAACAUUAGCUUCAGGGAUGUCCGUUAAAAAACGUUGGAGAAAAUUAAGUAUUUGCAAGAGACACACAAUUUACAUAUCACAACAAUUUGGGAACAUGAGUGGAGUGAAAUGAAGAAAUGUGAUAACAACGUGGUAAACUUUCUAAAAGAGUUUGACUUUCCAGAGUGCAUAAAUCCCCAAGACGCCCUUUACGGCGGUUGAACCAACGCAUUGCAUUUACUUUACACAGUAAAAGCAGGGGAGAGAAUAGAUUAUUAUGAUUUCACUUCUCUUUAUCCCUACAUAUAUAAGACAAAAACAUUCACAAUUGGUCACCCAGUCAUCAUUUACCAUGACUUUGAGCCUCUAGAGAAUUAUUCGGGUUAAUCAGAGCUAAAGUAUUACCGCCUAGAGGUCUGUGGUCUCCUGUUCUUCCUUACAGGGUAAGAAGCAAACUUCUUUUCCCUCUGUGUAAAACAUGCUGUGAGCAACAACAGCAAAAGCAGUGUCGCCAUUCAGACCAAGACCAAGACCAAGGCCGUUGAAAAGGGUUACAAAAUUUUAAAAGUGUUUGAGAUUUGGCACUUUCCCAAUAGAUCUAACAAUCUCUUUACCAAGUAUAUUAAAAUGUUUCUCAAAACUAAACAGGAAAGUUCAGGCUACACAUCAUGGGUAGUCGAUGAAAACACAAAAGACACAUGCAUUAAAAAUUACAAGCAUAACGAGGGUAUCGAGUUGAAUCCUGAUCACAUCAGUGUCAACCCCGCAAAAAGAUCUGUGGCUAAACUCGCGUUAAAUUCGCUGUGGGGUAAAAUGUGCCAAAAACCUGACAGAUCAAACAUAUCUCUGAUCAAAGACCCCGAUGAGUUUUUAAACUUUAUGUUCUCUGAUCUCUACAAUGUUAGCCAUUUCUCUUUUCUGUCAGAUGAGGUCGCUCUCACACAGUGGUGCUAUAAGGAUGACAGACUGAUUAAACCAGGUAAUGCUACGUAUUCAUCGGAAUUUUUACUACAGCAUAUGCAAGACUAGAACUGUACAAUCUGUUGGAUCGUUUAAAAACAGCGUUGUUUAUACACAGACAGCGUCAUAUUUAAAAGCAGUGAAGGUGAUUGGAUGCCUCCAUUGAGUGAUUACUUGGGGGGUCUUACCAGCGAGCUAGAGGAUGGUGAUCAUAUUAUCGAGUUUGUCAGUGCUGGUCCUAAAACCUAUGGGUAUAAAACUAAAAAUGGAAAAACAUCUAUGAAAGCAAAAGGUAUCACUUUAAAUUACUCCAAUUCCCGAAGUUGUCAAUUUGAAAUCACUUACUGAGCUGGUGGAUGAUCGAGUGAAGAAUCCGGAUCAAAUUGGUCAACUUAUAACAUCACUCAAACAAAUCAUUCGAGAUAAACAGGGUUUUCAUUUGAGAAAUCAAACACAAAUAAAAAGAUUCAGAGUUGUGUAUGACAAACGUGUUUUAUUACCUGAUUUUACAACUCUCCCUUAUGGAUAUUAAGCUUGAUCAUGUUUAUGAGUGUGUAUAUGAUUGUAUGUAUGUAUAAUAAAAAGAUCAUUUUGUUUGAUUCUGUCAACCUGACCACUAGUCAUGGAUAAUAUGAAUGUGAUUACUUUUGAUGCGAGGUUGCAAAUGCCAUUUUCAUGUAUUGUGUGUGGACCGAGUAAUAGUGGUACAUCUUUUUUUAUCAAACUUUACUGGAAAACAGUAAAGAAGUGUUCUCAAGAGUACCUGAAAAUAUUGUGUGGAUUUAUUCUUGUUCCCUUCCCUUGAUCAGUUUGUAGGUUCUUAGGGGUUCUACCUUCCUUUAGAAUGGACUCAAAAGCUUUAGUUACUUCAUCAGCGGUCUUGUUUCGUAACACACGCACCCAAGCAUAUUUGGAUAAAAUAUCUGUACACGUUAUCAAAAAUUUUGCAUUGUCAUUAAUGUCUGACAGGUUACUCAUAUCUACUAAAUCAGCUUGCCAUUGUUCAUCGAUGUUUCACAAAAACAGUAUUUCUUUUAAACUUUGUUGAUACCGAUUUAUGAAGAGUAUACGCAUCCUGCUCGGCUAACCAAUUUUUUAUUUCUACGUCAUUAACUCUUUUACCCGUUUUCUCAAC